AUGGCCGACUCAAGUUGCUCCUCGAUCCCCCGGACUGAAACCGAAAUAUGGGCCGAUAUAACGUCGGAGCAGGAGUACUCAGAUGCCAAUGAACUGGCCCAGGUUGAAGUUUUCAGGUCGGCCUUGCUGUCACCGGGCGCCAAUAGCACCAAGGUCGCCCGAGUAGUUGACGGUAUACAGCGCUACGUCUUCAGCCAAGAGGGACCCCACGAAUAUUGGCUCGGGUUCAUGUGGAGUCAGAUGCUUUAUGUCGCCUCGUGGUACCCUGCCGAGGGAUCGGUCCAUGAUAUUUUCCUGGAAGCGUUGGCCAUAUUCAAAAAUGGCACACCAGACACAGGCAACGACAAGGAGACUCUCAGCGAGCCGUGCUGGCCUCACCUCCCGGGAUUCGGCCGCAGCUGCGGAGAAGAUGCUUACGCCGUGGUCGACGCCAGCCCCCAGGGGCUGUGGGAGCUCGACUGGCACGCCAGCGUCACGUCCUUGAUCGCGCGCGUCGACAGCGCCGGCCUCUACCCGCUGAGGAUGGCCGCCGUCUGGCAGAUGCGCGUCUCGCUCGAGGAGCCCCUUCUCGCGUGCAAGUACUCUCGCAGGCACCGGCUCACAGCCGCACGCACGUGGAUCGUCCACGCGGCCGGCCGCAUCCUCGACUACCUGGCCACCGUCGCGGCUGCCGGCGGGGAUGCCGAGCGCGCCGAGCCCAGUGGGCUCUGGGACCCCGACCCAAUUCAUGGAAAGGGCAAAACACUGUGGCAAAACAACGACCGCCUGCAAAAGGGCACCCUGUGCGCUGGUAGGGACGACAUCGGGACUUUCAGCCUCGAGCGCUGGGAGUUCUGGAAGGCCAGGUUGGAAGAGCUCCGCGCCGAGUUUGGCGAGAUCGAGGGGGCGGAGGGCUGGGUCGACGAGAUGCUGGACAAGAUGAACGAGGUCCAGGCCGCAGCCGGGCCCUUCGAGAAACCGCGCUUGGAUGUCGACGGCGAGCAGACGCUGGUGGCUGCCAACCGCCAGGAGAAGUCGGCUGUUGUUGCUGGCAGUAGCGGGAAGGAGCCCGAGAAAGGGUCGGUGGUGGCCGCCCGUGGGGAAAAGUCGACGGACCAAGAAAGCCUGCUCAACGAUGUCGUCGAAAAGCAGCUGUCUGUGGAGAGGAAUAAGAAGAGAGGAGUGCUUGGGAGAACGAAAGACAAACUAGAAUUGGGAUGUGUAGUGUCUUGAUAAAUUCUUCUGCUUUCCUUUUGUCCGCGGUCUAGCUCAUGCGGGCGUGUCAUCGUUGUACGAUAUAUUCUUCAUAGUGCCUUCUUGCUUUUGCUCCUGCUACGCAUCACUUGUAUUUUAUUGUCUACCUUGGUACCACUCUCUGUAUUUCAUUCUUGUGUUGGCGCCAGCGAGGUACUGUCUUGCGCUUUGGCGGAUCGGUCAC